UGACAGAGUCACACCACGGGCCACGUCUCCGAGGCAGCUUCAGUUUGGACCUUUUUUUCAGGAUUAUUUGAAAAUGUUUAGGACCUACCGCUCCUGCCACACAAAAGUGAGUGAACUAACUGAUCAUGAGAACACAACAAAUUGAUCCACGGGACUGAAGAAAAGAGAAUCCUUUUAAACCAAGAAAAGAAAGAAAAAAACUUUUGUAUUACAUGCUGUUGAAUUACGUGGAUUGUGUGGCUUUGGAAUCAUAAAGUUUGUCGUUUUGUGGGACAUUUUUGUUUUUAAUCAACACCCCCCCCCCCCUCCCCCCCAAAAAAAGAGAGGACAUUUUUAAAACUGCAGAGUUUGCUCUCCUGUCACUAUUCUGUUUCUUUUGAGUUACAACUUUAUUCGGGGAUGUUGAGCUCUGUGAAGAUGGAAUCUCAUGAAAUUCCUGAAUGGAAUUCUUUCUACAGCGAGGCAAGUGAGAUGUACUCCUCUCCAAGCGCCAUGAACACAAUGAGCAGCUUGAACAGCUACAUAAAUCUAAACUCGGCCUGUUCCACAACCAGCAUGAAUAUGGGCUACCCCAGUGCAGGUCUCAACAGCAGCCCAUUGACCAGCAUGGGUGGAGGCCCCAACCACAUGAGCCUGUCCCCAGUAGGCUCCUCUUUGAACCCCAGUUCUCUGACCCAGCUGGGCUCUUCUGCCUCCUCCCUGGGUUCCCUCUCCCAUUACCAGAGCAUGGGUCAGCCCAUGUCCCAGAUCAGCUACCCCUCUCCUACCUCCCUAAACCGGACUAAGGAGGUGCCAAAGCCUUACCGUCGCUCUCUGACCCACGCCAAGCCACCAUACUCCUACAUAUCCCUCAUAACAAUGGCUAUUCAGCAGUCCAACAGUAAGAUGCUAACACUCAAUGAAAUUUACCAGUGGAUCAUGGAUCUGUUCCCAUACUACCGCGAGAACCAGCAGCGCUGGCAAAACUCAAUCCGCCACUCUCUGUCUUUCAACGACUGCUUCGUCAAAGUGGCACGUUCGCCCGACAAGCCUGGCAAGGGCUCCUACUGGGCGCUGCAUCCCAAUUCAGGGAAUAUGUUUGAGAAUGGCUGCUACCUGCGUCGCCAGAAGCGCUUCAAGAUCGAGGAUAAAUCUGGAAAGAAGAGCACGACAAAGUCUCAGGAGGGUGGCUGUACCAAAGGUGGGCAUGGAGGGGAGGGACUGCAGGAAGAGCACAGUCCUGCCACGGGCUCAGAGGGUGCAGAUUCAGCACACUCUGACAGCUCUCAUCCUGGAUCAGCCUCGGAGGAGCAGCAGAGGAAUCUGGUGCAGCUGGAUUGCCCAUCUCAGCCACCCAGCCUUUCACACAGUUCACCAGUGAACAUUCAAUCUUCAGUAUCCUCUUCCAUGGCCCCUUCUAGCUCUCACCUGCACUCUCAGGGUAUGGGUGGAAGCCCCCAUCUGCUGGCCAGCCCAAUGCAACAUCUGGAUCUGCAGAAUGACCCACUAAAGUCCAUGGACCCCCACUACAAUUUCAACCAUCCAUUCUCCAUCACAAAUAUAAUGUCCAAUGAACAGAAGAUGGACCUCAAGUCAUACCAGGAUCAGGUGAUGGCAUACAACAGCUACACAGCAUCUUCCCCUCUGGCCACCAAACAGAUCUAUGACAGUGCAGGCCCAUCUGGCAUUGACUCCGGUGCCUACUACCAGACCCUCUACAGCAGGUCUGUCCUCAAUGCAUCAUAAUGUGUCUACCAAACAAACCAAGCCAUUUGAACUCUAUAGACUCUUAAUGGCUGUCUAUUUAGACAGGAUUUCCUACAUCUUCACAGCAUAGAACUUCUGAAGAAAAAGAAAAAAAGGCUAUUUCUUUCAGAAACUAAUUGAAUUAUUUUUUUCUGAAUUAGCUAAAUUCAUAUAUUCAGGAACUAAACUUUUGGUUUUGGAUGUAACCCAGAAGAUGUAUACAAAUGAUGCCAUGUGUAUAUACUGUUUGCAUAUGUUUGGGGAGCAGGAGUCAGGCAUUUAUUUAUGAAGGGAAGAAUUUAAUAUAUCUUUUAUGAAUUUGUGAUGUGAAGUUACAUUAAACAAUUAUGAGAGGACAUAGAUUGCGGAAAUGUUUGAGUUCAGGUUACUGCUGUGAGCAGGUGUUACUGUGUUACAGGUAAAGUCUCAUGUUGCGUUACAGCGAAAUGCAUGUUCAGUUUAAGCGCACUAACACAGUGCACAACUUUUCCCUUAGGAGAGUGCGUACCCUUCUGCUUUUCCCUUAGAGAAGCUGAAGAAAUUACUUUUUUACACUUCGCCAUGAAAGAAGUCAUUUUGUAUAUUCUGUGCUUCAGUGAAUAUGUAUUUGUUAAGUAUAUACAGUAUAAAGGUAAAAGUUUCGACGAAGACAGAUAAAACUGUGUUAAAUCAGAUGAUUAUUUCCCCCCACAUUAUAGGCAAUAAUAUUCACAAAAACGAUGUCAAAUACUUUAAGUUUGCAUCAGUUCCACUGUUAUUCCAGUGUGCCACCAAGUCUGCAAAGUUCAGCUUUAGCGGUUACUUAAACAUCAACAGACAAUGCACUAAGGGCCAUUUCCAUACAAUACUUUGCACUAGUGACCUCUCUGUUCUACACUACUGGGGAGGGGUGAGAUCGUUUUGUUACAGCAAUGCUUUGUAACUACCUUUUUAUCAGAAAAUUAUGCAAACCCUGAUGAAAUUGCCAUGAUGUGUUGUUGUGAGGCCUCUAUAACCUCCUUCCAAAAUCUUAAGCCAAUUUUAAUUAAAAACUUCAUGUUAAGCCAUCAUGUUGUAAACAAAUUCUUGCAAAUUGUUUUGAAUUUUGUAAGAAAGCAGGUCAGAAUAUGUUCUUGUACUGUUUAGUUUGAAAAGACUAUGUUUAUUUAAACCCAGCUUUUUGUCCGUUGGGCUUAGAAGAUAAGUGUCUUAAUAUAUAUCUAUAUAUUGCUCUAUGUGGUUGAUUGUUUCAUGGUAUGUUCUUAAUGUUGUUAUGUUCUUUUCAUAUUAAACAAAAAACAAAACAAAAAACUGAGUUCUUUAAAUUAUACAAUACAUAUUCUUGAAAUAUAACUGACAGUAUUAAAAAGA